AUGUCACGGAGACCAAAUACAUCUAAGAGAAUGGCGGAGAAUCGUAUUGGCCCUUGGAGAUUAGGCAGAACUCUAGGAAGGGGAUCAACAGGGCGUGUGCGUUUGGCUAAGCAUUGCACUACGGGGCGACUUGCAGCCAUAAAAAUCAUUCCCAAAUCCGCAGGCAAGCAACAGACCAAGGGGAAAAUGCGUGUUGAUGAGCAUGGUUUGCCUUACGGAAUUGAAAGGGAGAUAAUCAUCAUGAAGCUCAUAUCUCAUCCUAAUAUCAUGGGGUUAUACGAUGUGUGGGAAAACCAGAAUGAACUUUAUUUGGUUUUAGAAUAUGUUGAAGGGGGUGAACUGUUCGACUAUCUUAUUAAUCAUGGCAGACUUACUGAGAGAGAGGCUGCCCAUUACUUCCGCCAAAUUAUUGAUGCUGUUGCCUACUGUCAUAAAUUUCAGAUCUGUCAUCGUGAUUUGAAGCCUGAAAAUAUCCUACUUGAUCGCAAUAAGAACAUCAAAAUAGCUGAUUUUGGAAUGGCUGCAUUGGAGACGCGUCAGAAACUUCUUGAGACUUCUUGUGGCUCUCCUCAUUAUGCGUCUCCGGAAAUUGUUGCCGGAAAGGCUUAUCAUGGCUCUCCAAGUGAUGUAUGGUCAUGUGGUGUAAUUCUAUUUGCUUUACUAACCGGACAUCUACCGUUUGACGAUCCAAGUAUUCGUACUCUUCUCAUGAAGGUGCAGGCAGGAAGAUUUCACAUGCCUUCAGCACUGAGCUCAGAAGCCAAAGGGUUGAUUUGGUCCAUGCUUAAGGUGAAGCCAAGCGAUAGAAUUUCUAUUGACAAGAUAUCUUCUCAUCCCUUCUUGAAAAAAUAUGAAUCACUGGAGCAACAUCAGCAUACAGACUCCAUAGCACGUCAAUUGGACAACCUUGAUGUCUCAGCCCCUGUAACAUCUCCGGAUCGUGACAUUUUUCACAACUUGCAAACGCUUUGGCAUGGAGUUCCCGGCGAAUCAAUUAUUACCAAGCUACAAAGCAGUGGUGGUACCCCCGAAAAGAUGUUCUAUUAUCUUUUACAGAACUAUAAAAAGACUCAUGUGAAACAAGAGAUCUCGGAUUUUGAUUUUAGCAGUGCAAGAAGAGCCGACGAUGAAUCCAGACGCGUACCCGUGUCCAGAUUACCGCCGUCGCCUAGGAAAUUACUGAAAAUACCAAGAAGAAGUAGCAGGAGAGCCAUUGCCAAUGCUCUCAUCAAGAGUACGUCCACCUCGUCGGUUGUCACGACCACUAUUCAGAACGAAAGUGGAAAUAUCGUUCAGCGGUCUGUCAAAGAGAUACCCAAUAAUUCUCUGAAACCUGCUGCCACGUCAUCUUCGCCACAGAAGCGCAGGCGGCCACUUCAGAAAAGGAGCCUUAACAGUCUCAAUGAAAAUAAGCGGGUGCCACAACCUUUCAAGGCGUCCAACUUGUUCAAUAAAUCCAUAUCUUUCUCCAGUAUAAAGUCUGGUGAAUCCAGCAAUAUUUGUUUUGCUCUUCCUACGCAGAAGAAGAUCACAUUUAAUCCCUCCGAUAUGGCUGAAUUCAGAUAUUUGGUUGAUACAAUUUUUGAAGGAAUUGUGUUGGGGGAUGAUCCCAAAAAAGGGGCCAAGAAACCCGCAAUGGGUCAGCAUGUUGAAGAGAAAAGGAGAUCUAGUUAUCAUACUUCUACCUCUGACCGUAAAUCAUAUGCAUCGGACAGUAUGAGUACCUCCGCCGAUAUUCAGGCCACCUCUAUUUAUUCGCCGCUACCAGAACUACCUGUUAGUGCUUCUGAAACAUUGCACACAACCUCCUUAGAUAACUGCUUUGUCUCUGUUUUAGACCCGAAGGCAAGAAAGAUCAGCGGGAAAAAGGUUGCUAUAUCCUCUGCCCCCUCAACCCAGAAUAUUACGGGUGCUUCGUUGGCACUCCAGAAGCUGGGUAUUGAUAUUAAUAGUAUCGACUUGAGCCUCUCAGCAGAUUCUGGUAGCAAUUUGGGACUUGCGAAUGCAAGUGUCACUACAAGCAAUACAACAGCCACUGUGUCUGUCGAGGUUCCCUUGCACAAGCCGGAAACCAACCCAACUCUCACUAGAAGCUUUUCUGGAAUGAAAUCACUCAAGUCGAACUCUACCAGAAAUCUAAAAUCUUUCCUUGAUUCUCAGCAUCAAAUGAUAUCUCUUGAUGAUUUUAAUAAAAAGCAAUCAAAUAAACAGUUUCAUUUGGCAGUUCCCGAGGUGGAAUUUCCGAAUGAUGGUGAAGUGGCUGGAAUCAGAUCCGUAUCUCGGCCGGUUUCUGCUAUUACGGCAGCUGCCACAACUUGUACCGACCCUUCGUCGCUGGGAACUCCAAAUGGAAAGAGUCACCAGGAGGGUAAGUCAAUUGAUUACUCCCUACUUGGUUAUGAUAUGUCGUACAGUGUUCACGCUGCGGUGCAAGUCCCUAUUCUGAACAGCUCUAACGAUCGUUUUGUUCAUUUGAAAAACGUGCAAUCCUCCGAGAAUGAUAAGUUCGCCGAUGCCGAUGAGGCCUUUUUUCAGAAGAACUUCAUCUACGAUAGUAUCGCAAAUGGAUCUCAGUUAAAGGUCCAUAGGAAGGCCGAUUCUGGCUCUACACAGGGAUCUCCCAAUGUCUACCCUACUAUCCGUUGCUCGUUAAUGAAUGGUUCUAACUAUGAGUUGCCUGAAACGGCUGAUAAGCGAUUAAGUUUGACCCCUGAGAAGCAGAAACUCUGGAAAGCCACCACUAACCCACCUCGUAUUUCGGAGGAAAAAAGAGCUUCUUUGUUUGCAGACCCACAAGAAGAUACUCCUCCAAUUAAUGAUGAAAAGGAAAUGGAAAGAAAUUCCACCAUAUUUAAUGAAGAGGAAAAUUCUGAUCGUUUUGUGCUACGUGCUAUUAAGGACACAUCUAAGGCAAGAAACAGUACUGCUUUGCCUAUCGACAGCAAGCGCAAUAGUCUAUUUGCCUCCGCAAGGAUGUCUUGGGCCUCUACAGCCAGCAAGGCUGGCUCAUUGUUUCAGCACAGGGCUCUCGAUGUCUCCCCUAUGGAUCCCGUUUUAGGCUCUAAUCACAGGGAAAAGGAUCUAGAAGGUAGAGUAAUACAAUUCCAGGAGGACGAACCAGGUGCAAGGCCACCAGAAGUUUUAUCAUCUGUGGCUACAUCUCUGAAUACUUCGGUCCCAACCAAACGUCCUAGUUGGUUCAAAAGAAUAUUUAGCUCUUUGCUGGAAAAGCCGAAAGCUGACAGAAGCAAGAAGAGCUCCAAGAGUAAGGUGCGUAAAAGAAAUAAAUCUUUAGUGAGAAGAAAGACCAGUGCUCAGCAUUUCCUUCCCGUGGUAUUAAACGAGUACUAUAUUGAAGAAGACUAUUUAACUUCCAAGCAGGCCAAAGCAUUUUUGCUUGAUGAAGAUAACAAAUAUACCAACCUUAGGAUUGUGCAGUCUGUUGAUAACGAGAAUGAGUUGGCCUGUGCUUUCACUGGCAGAAAGCGGAAUAAAGGCAUAUUCAAAGUGAUUUUUGAAGACCAAAUUGGUUCACAAUACGGUUUUGGCGGUUGUUUCGUGAAGAUAGUCAAAAUUAAGGGGGGAACUCUUACCUUCAAUCGCUGCUGCAGGGUUAUUGAUGACGGCCUUAGAUUGUUGGACAGCAAGCAACAUGAUCAACUAGUUUAA